AUGUUGUCCGCAGCGAAGGUUCGUAUCCAUGGGAUGCAAGAUGAGAAUUGGGUGAUAAAGGAUAAAAUAAAUCAGUAUAGGGGACUUAUAAAACUGUAUGAGAGAGAUCGUAAAAUCCAUGAGGGGGAUUUGGCUAAACAGAAGAAGAGAUACUCUCGCGACAUCCGCCAGUUGCGUAAAGACAUCUCGAAUAAGAGGCAGGAGCUGGAGGUAGCUGUGUAUGGUGACAAACAGUUCCUGCGGAAUGCUUUCCAGGAACAUAGACGGUUACAGCUGACGUACAUGAACAGUCAAGCCGAUAAAGUCUUGGAAAGCAUACACCAAGAAAAUUUCAAUAAACGGAAGCAGCUUGACAGAAUUAGAUACACGAAAAAGAAGAAAAUGGAACAGUUCCGCCAGAUUCAGCUUCAAUCUGCGGAAUUACGAGAUCGUCUUCUUUAUGAAGUGGGCGGGAAACUUCCAGCUGAGAAAAAAGAGCAAGCUGUUGCUAACUACGUCCAGCGUGCUAAUAUUAAAAAAAAUGCAGCUCUGGCCAUAAAAGUAAUGUACAAGAAAAUUCUGGAUAUAUUAAAAAAGGAUUCCUCGUACUUUACUGUGGUUUUAGAAGCCCUUAAGCUAGAUUGUCGAGCUCAAGGGAAGUGUUUGAUGGGAGCUACGGAAAUGGGGCAGUUGGCUAUGGAGUAUCUAGACGAUAGGAAGUUCGAGUUCAGUAAACUCGAGAAAGAAAUCAAAGCAAACAUGAAAGAGAGGGAGAGGACGCUGAAACUCGUACGGAGGGAAGUCGCCUAUUUGACAGACUCGUUUCCUAGUUUGAUUCGCAAAGAGGAAGCUACGAAUCUUGACGAUCUCUAUGAAGAUGAGGAUGCCGUCAGUCACCAUUCCGUUCAUUGGGAGCUAGAAGAAGUUAUGGCUAUCUGUAAGCGUCUCCAGAGGGCGACACUUGUAUCUUCAUUCGAUAAAAUCUUAUUAAGGCUUCAAGAGCAGCGUUAUCAAACGGAACGCCUCACAAACCAGCUCACUGUGAAUAGUUUGAAGAGGGACGCCCUUUUAGAGAAUCGCAAGCACGCGAUACUGAUGCUCGACUCACUCAAGAAUGUUGGACAAGAGAAUACUGCCAUACACAUACAAGAGAAAAAGCAACUUCGUGCCGAAUUCGAUGCGGAGGCGCGCGAAGAGAGGGACAUAACGAACGCUCUCAACGAAAGAGGUCAUCUUAUAAUAGAAAUGAAGACGUCACUGCAACAAAUAAAUCAGCUAUUAUCAAGCGUCGGCGCACCGAACGCUCCUAGACCAAUGCUUCUCGGAGCACCGUCGGCUAUACAAUAUGCUAUUGAGGACAUGACUCAGCCAGUACCCGAAGUAGAAGCUGACUUUGACAAGCUAUUAUUGAACGCUCGUCAAAAGCUGAACAUGCUGAUGCAAGCUGUUUCAAAGAUGGAAGUGACGGAGGAGAUCCGCGCUACAGCGAGGCUGUUCUAUCACAACAUACUGGCCAGGUUCAUGAGGGACAAUUACAAGGAGGAGGUCGUGGCUGAAGGAGGUCUCAUUGAAUUUGAAAUGGAAGAUCCUAAUGUACCGAGUCACGCGAUUAUAAAACUAAGAAGCAAACAGUUGGUGGAUGCUCAGGUCAGCGAGUUUGAUGUACCAGACAUACCAGCGAAGAAAUAA